AUGAACGGCACGAAGGGUGCCAAUGGCACAUCAAUAGGCCCCAAACUUCUCUGGAAGCACUCCUCACCCGAGACGACACCCAUGUACCAAUUCUUGCAGUCAGUGAACAAGACACACAACCUGCAACUGUCCGACUACUCGCAACUACACAAAUGGAGCAUCGGCAACAUCAACGAAUUCUGGCAAAGAACGUGGGAAUUUGUGGGUGUCCGACACCAGGGAGCCUUCACAUCAGUCAGUCAUCGUAGACCCAUCUAUGUAGCCUCUACUUAUAGACGACAGGCCGUGGAUGAAGAAUUGCCCAUGUUUCCCCGACCGGCGUUCUUCUCGGGAGCGACACUGAACUUCGCUGAGAAUCUCCUCUUCCCUACCUCCGAAGUCGACCCCGAAUCACCCGCCGUCAUCGCCGCUACAGAGACUACACGCGAAACAGUGACAUGGAAGGAACUCAGGGAUAGAGUGAAGCUAUGUCAAGCCGGCAUGAUACAUUUGGGUCUCAAACAAGGCGAUCGAGUAGCUGGCUAUGUUGCAAACCACACCAACGCGUUGGUAGCAAUGUUGGCCGCGUCGUCGCUGGGGGCAGUAUGGACCGCAGUAAGCCCAGACACUGGCGUUCAUGCCGUUCUCGAUCGACUACGCCAGAUUGAGCCAACCCUGCUCUUUGCAGACAAUGCGGCCUUCUAUAAUGGUCGGAGUCAUCCAGUACUUCCCAAGGUUACUGAAAUCGUCAGGGAUCUCCCAUCGCUCGAAGCCGUCGUCAUCUUUCCUACUGUAGCUUCAGUAGAAUUCGACGUCACCUCUAUCCCGGUACAAUCUGGCAAAGCCUACGACUACGCAACAUUCACAUCACUGAAGGUUACGUCAGAACUCACCUUCAAGCAAUUGCCGCCAGACCAUCCAGUCUAUAUCCUUUACUCGAGUGGCACGACAGGUGCACCCAAAUGUAUCGUUCACGGGGCCAUCGGUACGCUACUUCAACACAAAAAGGAACACAUCAUUCACUGCUCGAUAAAACCCAGCUCACGACUCUUUUACUUUACCACAUGUACUUGGAUGAUGUGGCAUUGGCUGGUCAGUGGGCUCGCCUCGGGCGCUACAUUAGUACUUUAUGACGGUUCUCCGUUUCGGUAUGUAGACAGUUCCGACUCAUCGACAUCUGUUCCAGACGACCUAGCAAUGCAUCGUCUGAUAGACGAGUUUGACAUCACACACUUCGGCACGUCCGCAAAGUACCUUUCUAUUCUGGAGCAGAAGUCCAUCGACCCAUCUGCUGCGGGACUGGCGAUGAACAAGCUCGAAGCGAUCUACUCGACCGGGUCACCGCUCGCACCUUCCACGUUCUCUUACGUCUAUUCCGCCUUCCCUUCGACCAUCAAUCUCGGCAGCAUCACCGGUGGCACAGACAUCAUCUCACUCUUUGGUGCACCCAAUCCACUUCUACCUGUUUAUGAAGGCGAAAUCCAAGGCGCUGGUUUAGGUAUGGCAAUCGCGGCGUAUGACUACACGGGUGCCGAUGUCUCGAUGUCAGGCGAACCAGGAGAUCUAGUCUGCACCGAGCCCUUCAUCUGCCAGCCAGUAGCAUUUUGGGGCCCUGAAGGGGAGUCAAAGUACCGGAAGUCGUACUUUGACAAAUUCACGAACGAGAAGAACCAGCCGAUCUGGCAUCACGGCGAUUUCGUGCGAUUCAACCCCGAGACUGGUGGACUGUGGAUGCUUGGACGCAGCGACGGCAUACUCAAGCCCGCGGGCGUUCGCUUCGGAUCAGCUGAGAUCUACAACGUAGUACUUGAGCAUUUCCCCGAAGACGUCGCGGACGCGCUUUGCAUCGGCCGAAGGAGAGAGACUGAUACGGAUGAAACCGUCGUGCUCUUUCUCAAGAUGGCAGACGGUCGUCAGAUCUCUACUGAUCUCGUCGGAAGGAUCAAGACGACUAUCAAGCAAGCGCUGAGCGCACGUCAUGUUCCAGCUGUAGUAGAUGAGUGUCCAGAGAUACCUGUCACUACCAACGGCAAAAAGGUUGAAGGUGCUGUCAAGCAGAUCCUUUGCGGACUCAACGUCAAGACGAGCGCGAGUGUUGCAAACGCCGAAUGCCUGGACUUCUAUCGAGAGUGGGCGAGGACGCAUUGA